AUGGACGGGGCUGCAAUAUUGUCGCUGCCACCCCUUGGUACCCAGAAAUCCGCGCAAUCCAGCCCCCAGCCACAACAGCACGCUAAACCGAAUCAGGAGUUACAGGUUGGUUCAGUGGCUCUGUACGGUAUCCACAUAGUCUCCUUGGUGAUCGAAGGCCAAGAGCGCCUCUGUCUGGCCCAAAUCAGCAACACCCUCUUGAAGCAGUUCAGUUACAACGAGAUCCACAAUCGGCGAGUAGCUUUGGGCAUAACUUGUGUCCAGUGUACCCCAGUGCAACUAGAAAUCCUGAGAAGAGCUGGUGCAAUGCCUCCGUCCUCCCGCAGAUGUGGAAUGAUAACGAGAAGAGAAGCCGAGCGACUCUGCAAGUCCUUUCUCAGCGACAAUGCACCUCCAAGACUUCCAGAAGACUUUGCCUUCUCAGUGCACCACGAGUGCGGUUGGGGGAAUCGAGGUGCCUUCCUUCCCUCGAGAUACAACAGCUCCAGAGCCAAAUGCAUUAAGUGCGCGUACUGCGGGCUCUUCUUUUCGCCGAAUAAAUUUAUUUUCCAUUCCCAUCGAACCGGACCAGGAGACAAGUACGUCGAGCCUGAUGCUGCCAACUUCAACUCCUGGAGACGACACAUGAAGCUGUCCGGGACACCUCCGGACGAAGUGGUUCAUGCUUGGGAGGAUGUCAAGGCAAUGUUCAAUGGGGGGACGAGAAAACGUCUGCUGUCGAAUCAUGAAUCGAGGGAUUCACCAAAUGUUAAGAGAGCAAGACUAUCUCCAAGCACGCCAGUCCCUCCAGCUAUCACCAGUUCUAUACCUCCAGCACCUGCUCAUCCAGUGCAUCCUAGAGUUCCACCGUUUCCGGAGCUACCGUUUCCACUAUCGAGGAGCUUGGUAAUGGAUUAUGUUUGGCAUCAGCAAGCUGCUGCUGCUGCCGCUGCUGUCAAGAGUCCUGGCUUUGCAUUUCCUUCAUACGCCUUGCCGUGGCUCAAGAGGCCUGUCCUUUUUCCAGGCCCUUUACCUUCACCCCUAAAUGGAACCGGUGCCACUGAGCCGCUGUUGCCACCAGUAACCCCAGCUCCCCUUCAUCAAUCAGCUUUUCGUCCAGUCAUUCGACCGUCGCCCAAUGUCGAACCAAUGGAUCAGUCUGAAGUUAGUGUCGAUAAAGACGAGGAUUCGGACGAUGAAGUGGACAUUGAGACGACCGAAGACGAUGAUCCAUCCAUUCGGAAUCAUGUGACUAAUCCCAUUAGUGUUAAUCAAAGUGCUAGGGACAGCUCGCCGCAGUGCUGGAGUCCAGCGCGUGAAUCUGAAAGAGAAGCUGAAAAAUUAGCCGAGGAAUCGUCACAUAUUCGCGAUAUGAAACCCAAUAUUCAUCAUCCGAAGACUCCAGAGACUUGGCAUGGAACGGCAUUUUAUCGACAGCUUAAUAUUCUCAAAGGUGGAGAAGCGACAGAUCGAUCAACACCUGAUUGUUCAGCUUGUAGACCCAGGGGAAUGUUCUAUGGUCAAGUUCACAGUCCGCCUGCGUCCACUAAUUAAUGAAAAAUCCCAGAUAUUAAUUGCUAAACUCAUUAAUAAAACUUCCAAUCGAAAGACAAUUUUUCAACAAGAUUUUUCAAUCAAAUCUCUAGUUCUCUUCUAGUCUUCUUGAAUUAUUCGUAGAUACACAAUAUAGAAUUAUUCUGUAGAUAUUAAUUAUCUCAGUUGUACAUAAUUACGAUAAUCAAGAAAAAUGCAAAUUACCAUGUCAAGUUUUUCGCACCGCUUCGUCAGCAUUGAGUGGAAACGUUCAAUUAAACUAUGGAACAUGCAUAGUGAGUCUUGAUUCUAUUCUAGUCAUUAACUCAUAUUUUAUAAAUGCGUGUUAUUACGCAUCGUGUAA